AUGAAUGAGCAAUUGUCCCGAAGGAGAUCUUCUCGAUCCGUGUUGGCUAAUUCCAGCCAACAAAACAAUGCCCCGGCUCCAAAGCCAGAAAAGCCCAAAACACACGACUAUAUCAGUGUAUCUCGGUUCUUGCCUCGAAUUCUAGUGCUAGAGAACACAAAUCUGGUGGCUCGUGACCACAUGGCCAACGAGAGAACAUUUUUGGCGUGGAUCAGAACGGCAUUUGUGCUCUUGUCAAUGGGAAUUGUGUUCAUACAAAUGUACUCCAUCCAGUUGCGGGCAGAAGCCAUUUUGGCCCACGGAGAACGGCACUUAAUGUUGCCAGACAAAUUCAGGUCUUUCCAUGCUCUUGGAAAACCCAUCGCAGUUUUGAGUGGCGUUUUCUCGGUGAUCUUGAUCAUUUUCGGCUAUGUGAGGUACGUGGCAGUGCAAAGCGGCCUACAAAAGAGCGUUUUUCCGGCGACUCGAGUCAUUGCACUGCUUGUUCUAGUGGCUACGUUGGUUUUGGUGAUUUUGGCUCUAGUGGCGGACGUGGAUGCUGUCGUUUAG